AUGAUAGUGGUUAAAAAGAAUGUAUGGCUUGUAAUUCUGCUUGUACAUCAUGUGUUGGUCUUUCCAAUAACUGUCAAUCCUGUGUCUCUAACUUUUAUUUGGAUAACUCAACAUGUACUGAUUGUCCAGACCCUUGUAUAACUUGUAGUGCAAUAAACACCUGUCAAUCAUGCA